AUGUCAGCGCAGGAGCUUGACGUCGUGAUCAUCGGAGCGGGCAUCUCAGGCAUCAACUGCGCAUACCGGCUGCAGCAAGGAGCCCCGCACUUGAGAUACCGCAUCCUCGAGGCUCGUGCAGAGCUCGGCGGCACCUGGGACUUGUUCAAGUUCCCCGGGGUGCGAUCGGACUCGGACCUAGCCUCCCUCAGCUUCGCUUGGUACCCAUGGCCGCACAAGACUGUCUUUGCCGACGCAGAGCUGAUACUGGACUACGUCAACGAGGCCGUGUCGCGGUACCACAUCGACCAGCAUAUCCAGUACCAGCAGAAGGUUCUCUCGGCCAACUGGUCAUCCAAAACACGGAAAUGGGAACUCGUGGUGGAACAACAAGCUAUACGUAUCAGGGCACGUUUCAUUGUCCUUGGGACAGGGUACUACGACUAUGAGACCCCGCUCCAGACGGUCAUCCCCGGUCUUGACCAGUUCAAGGGCGAUGUUAUUCAUCCGCAAUUCUGGCCGACACGAUACAGCUACACUGGCAAGAAUGUUGCUGUCAUUGGCAGCGGGGCUACUGCCAUCACUCUUCUCCCACGACUUGCGCCAGACGCUGCUGAGCGCAGCCCCAGCUACAUCGCCCAAAAGGCCAACUCGACACCGCUAUCCCCGUGGCUUCGAAAGUUGCUCCCACUCCCCUGGGUUUUGAUUUGGGAGCGCUUCUUCCACAUAUCCUUCAGCUACCUCGUAGUCCUCUUCUGUAGGACAUUUCCCAACGCCGCAGCAUGGGUGCUCAAGAAAGAGAUGGCGUACUCGCUACCAAAGCGCAUCAAUCCAAAGCCUCAUUUUGAGCCGAGGUACACGCCCUGGACUCAGCGGAUUUGCCUAGCGCCGGAUUCGGAUUUCUUCAAGACCCUCUCCCGCGAGAACGUUAACGUCGUCACGGGCGAGAUCGGAACAGUGGUCGCGUCCGGCAUCCUGAUGAAGGACUCGGAUAGCACCUUUGUCAAGGCUGACACGAUCAUCACGGCCACGGGACUGAACAUGAAGUUCGGAGGAGGAAUCGACCUGCGGGUCGACGGACAGGCCAUCUCCUGGGGCCAGAGGCUGAUAUGGAACGGGGCGAUGCUCGACGGAGUGCCGAACAUGGUCUGGAUGAUGGGGUACACAGACGGCGCCUGGACGCUGGGGGCCGAUGCUACUGCCCGGAUCCUCUUGCGGCUGAUCGCGUACAUGCAGCAGGAGCAGGCGGCGUCUGCGACGCCUCGUGCCCCUGAGGAUGCGAAGGUCGAGACGAGUCGCGUGUGGCCGCUUGAUUCGACAUACCGUCGGAAGGUGGAUGAGCGCCUGCCUGUAUACGGGGUUAAGGGGCCGUGGGCGCCUCGACGAGUGAGCCCAUUUGCGGACUACCUGCACUCUCGCUGGGGAAAUGUGACGGAUGGACUGGACUUCCGCCCAUGA